AUGCCCUCGGCCACAGUCAAGCAACCACACUCAACCAAGGGGCUCUCCGAUGGCCUCCCGCCCCCGUAUCCUCCAGGUACGGAUAUCCAGACUCGGCAGUUGCAGUUGACCGCUCUACAACAACAUGUCCUUUUCUGGGACCGUGAUAACGAUGGCAUCAUUUACCCAUGGGACGUCUACGGCGGCUUCCGAGAGCUGGGGUUUAAUGUCGUCUUCUCCCUCGGCUCGCUCCUCAUCCCAUUGUUCUUUUCUUACCCCACCACUCUCGGCCACAGCUGGUUGCCCGACCCUUAUUUCCGCAUCUUCGUGGGCAGCUUGCAGAAGGCCAAGCACGGAUCCGAUACCAACGUGUUUGACGUGGAUGGACAUUUCCAGGCCGACAGGUUCGACGCCAUGUUUGACCGCUGGGAUACGUCGGGCACCGGUGGGCUGAGUGCGGAUGAGAUGUGGGCCAUGUGGAAGAAGAACCGGUGCGCUGCGGAUCCGGCUGGCUGGAGUUUUGGGUUUAUGGAGUUGUGGACGACCUGGUUGUUGCUCCAGGAGGAUGGCCGUGUGUGGAAGGACGACCUCCGCGGUUGUUAUGACGGCACGCUCUUCUGGAACAUUAGUCAGAGGAACCGGAAUGGUGCGAAGGGCUGGAACAAAGGCUACGGUGUCGGCGAUUUCUUGGAGGGUUGGUGGAAGGGAUGGACGUGGAGGAACUGGGAGCUUAAGCACACUUAA